AUGACCGCUUUCAACCAUCAACACCAUCGCUGGGUAUAUGUCUGGGUGCCAUGGGCCGGGGCAUUCGUUUGGUGCGCCAUGCUCGUGGCCAUGAUCGCUGUUUACUACGCAGAGGGCGCCAACCCGUAUUCAUGGCAGACCUCGCGAGUACCCUACAUAUCUGACAUCGGCGCCUCUUUCCUUCAACCAUUGUUCAUCGCCGGAAGCACUAUCACCGCUGUGUGUUCUGUGGCCGUUCUCAUCAUCGAACGCCUCCUAUGGCCAACAGGAAUGUUGGACGCCGGCCUACGUCGCCGCGAGAAGCUUUUCUCCAAUCUUGCUAUCUUUGGCUCAGUCGUCAGCGGUCUUGGGCUCAUUCUUCUCAGUUGCUUCAACGAUCACUUCUUUAGUCCGGAACACUACUCCUUCCUGGGCGUGUUCCUCUUUGGCGUCAUACUAAGCUCAAUUGUCAUCACUAUCAAGUAUCGCUGGCUGAGCCACAGCUGUCCAGAUCGCAGACUGCGGAUGGCGUAUUUCAUCAAGGCCACUAUUACGACCGUCCUCAUCAUCCUAGCCAUAGUGUAUGCUGCUUGCUAUGGGACCGCCUCCAACGUCGCGGGUAUUCUCGAGUGGGUACUUGCCUUUGGGUUCACAUUCUACCUUCUGAGCUUCGCUUACGACCUACGCCUACUCAACAACGGGGAAGCUUCCGACUCUGAUUUACCCAGCGGUAUCGAGAAACUCGAGGCAGAUGAGAGCUCGUCUGGCUUGACUAUACAGCAUGCAUGA